AUGGAGAAUAAUAAGAAAAACAAUCAAAAACAAAACAGUAUAGAUGAAACUGAAUUCCCUAAUUCAAAAGUAUUAUUAGUAUCAGUAAAAAGGACUAGAAGAUUUUUAGAAAGAACUGCAAGGGAAUUGUUAGCAGGAGGCACAAGAUAUAUUAUACUUAGUGGAUUAGGAGAUGCUUUACCACUUUGCGUACAAUUACAAGCCUCAUUACAAUCUAAAAAUGCUGCUACUGUUGUUAAAAUAGAAACAUCUUAUAGUUAUUUUAAUACUAAUUAUUCAUAUACACCUGGAUUAAAAAUAUAUAUGGAAAAACAUCCAGAAUUUAAAGGAUCUCGAAUAUCACCAGGAUAUGUCAGUUUUUGUGAUAAACCUGAUAAAUUUACUCCAAUUUUUGAUGAAUCACCAAAUGAAUAUAUGUGCUCAGUCAAUGCAGGAGACAAUAAUUUACAUGUAGGAGGAGAAGGUAUUAACGCCGCCUUUUCCGAAUUAUUAUCUUCACAUGGACAUGAAAUUGAUAAAUACGAAUCACUAUUUAAAGAAUUAUUAGCCAAGGCUGCUAAGGAAAACGCCGAUAAACCAGAUGACGAAGUUAAGUCUGUUUUAUAUGAAAGUGUUGAAAAAAAAUAUCCCGAUGUAAAAUUAGCAUUAUGCAGAGUUAGAAACAGUCUUAAAAAAGGAAGCGAUAAUACAACAGGAUCCGUUUUUAUUGUUACAUUCAAAAAAAAAUUCCCCCAUAAAAAAGAGAAAAAUAUGGGUAUGGUUUAUGUUGUAGGACCCAAGGGAAAAAAUUUCAGUGGCGUCGAAGAUUUCUUAGAUGCUGUACAUGAAACAGCAGAAAACUUAAUGACUGCAUUAUGUGAUUAUAAUGGAUUAGUAAAAAGAGAAGAAAUUAAACAUGUAAGAAUGAAUACAUGCAGAAUAUGCUUAUUCUCAGGACAAGCAUUUAAACAUAGCAGCGCAUCUAAAUUAGAUGUUGCAAAAUCUAUUUUAAAUGGUCUUGCUGUUGGAUAUAGACAUGGCCCAUCACCUAGAUUAAAUUUCGCAUAUGAUGAAAAUGUCUUUAAAGAUGCAUGGAUAGAAACAACCGGACUUCAAAUUUUUAAUCAUAAUGAAAAAGAACAAUAA